CCCCACAGCGAGCUGAUCCGAAAGUCGUAGAGACAAUUGAACAGCUCGUGAAUAGCAUUGUUUCAGGAACCUUGUCUGCCAAAGAGAGAAAUGCUCAAAAGAACUGUCCUGAAUACUGGUUCUUGUCUGAUGAAGAUAGCCUAGAAUACAAGUAUUACAGACUGAAGUUAUCGGAGAUGCAAAGGCGGACAUCAUCUGGAAAGGAAGCGAGUGGCGAUGGCAGAACCCUGGAAGAAUCUGCAACAGAAUCAGUCAGGGCCAUGUUGUAUGCCAGGAAAGUGGCGAGUAUUAAGAGAAGGCUGUUUAAAAGAAAAAGGCUUGGAAUUAUCACACCACAUGGUAUUCGAGGAAGGAAGGUGAGGAGAGCAACCGCAGGGACACAGACCGUGCUUUCAGCUGGAACGGUGCUGAAGCACCAAGAGAAGCAUCUUCAAGGUUCGGCCCAGUCAAUGCCUUCUGUGUCCGAAACCAGCUCGUCUGAGAAGAAUCCUUCCCUCGAUACAACCUUGUCCUUUCAAUGUGCCGCCAGUUCAGAGGCCUCUCUGACAGCAGAGGAAAGGGCAGAUUCUGAGAAUUUAUUAGCACCACCUGAACUUUUCCCACCAUUGCCCUCUCCGUUUACUGAUGUGGAUGCUAAAACAAUGGAGACUGCUGAGAAGCUUGCCAAGUUCGUUGCUCAGGUAGGACCAGAAAUUGAGCAGUUCAGCAUAGACAACAGUGCAGAUAACCCAGACCUCUGGUUUCUACAGGAUCGUAACAGUUCUGCUUUCAAAUUUUACCGAAUGAAAGUCUAUGAGUUAUGCCCAUCUAUCAACUUCAGUGCUGUGUCAGAAGCAACUGAUGCUGGGGAGAGUGCUAAACCUGAAACGAGAAACUUGGAUAUUUCAGAAGAGGAGGAGGAGGAGGAGGAAGAAGAGGAGGAAGAUAAUGAGGAGGAAGCUGAGUUUGAGGAGGAUAUCUCCCAACCUUUGGAAGAGAUGGAAAUGGAGCAAGCAGAGGAGGGAGAAGAGGAUGACAUCUCAGCAGGUAGAAGUGUGGAAAACCUGACUGAAGAGAUGAUUUCCAGAACAGGAGAGGAAAUGUCAGCAGGUGAAAUGCAGCUAGCCACAUCAUCUGAUGGUGCUAUACCAAAUCUGUCGACACAGGCAUCCACUCCUGCUCCUGGUACCCUAUUUCCUCGCAAACGAAUCAGCAGCAAGUCUCUGAAAGUUGGUAUGAUUCCUGCGUCUAAAAGGAUUUGCCUCAUAGAAGAACCAAAAGUGCAUGAACCUGUCAGAAUUGCUUAUGAUAGGCCUCGUGGUUGCCCAGUUACGAAGAAGAAGAAGAAACCAAAAGAUUUGGAAUUUUCACACAAGAAACUGACGGACAGGAAUGUGGGUUUCCAGAUGCUCCAGAAGAUGGGCUGGCAAGAAGGACAUGGCCUCGGUACACGAGGAAAAGGAAUCAGAGAGCCUGUAAAAGUGGGUGCUACCUCUGCAGGGGAGGGCUUGGGUGUUGCAGGGGAAGAAAAUAAAGAAGAUGCAUUUGAUGUUUUCCGUCAAAGAAUGAUACAAAUGUACAGGCAGAAAAGAGCAAGUAAAUAG